AUGAUGGCAGGAUGGUUCGCAUCCAACUCUGCUUUGGAUGAGCAGAUUGAAAAGGCUACCAACUCUUCCCUAGAGGAUAUCGCACUCAACCUCGAAAUCUCCGAUGUGAUUCGUUCCAAAACUGUGCGCGCAAAUGAAGCUAUGCGAUCACUCAAACGGCGCAUAGGCAGCAAGAAUCCCAACUUUCAGCUCAGUGCACUGAAUCUAACGGAUACUUGCGUCAAGAAUGGUGGUUCGCACUUCCUAGUCGAAAUUGCAUCGCGCGAGUUUAUGGAUAAUUUGGUCUCGCUGCUCAAGGCAUAUGGCGGGGCUGCCGUCAACGACCACGUCAAGAUUAAAAUAUUGGAGCUUAUACAAAGCUGGUCUACAGCGACCGAGGGCCGCAGCGAGCUGUCUUACAUUGGAGAGACCUAUAGAGCUUUACAAAGAGACGGGCUCCGAUUUCCACCCAAGACCGAUGUCGCAAGCAGUAUGUUGGAUAGUAAUGCUCCACCAGAAUGGAUAGACUCGGAUGUUUGUAUGCGCUGCCGGACAGCAUUCAGCUUUACGAAUCGAAAGCACCAUUGCCGAAAUUGCGGUAAUGUUUUCGACCAACAAUGCUCAAGCAAGACCUUACCCCUUCCCCAUCUCGGGAUUCUACAGCCUGUUAGAGUAGAUGACGGCUGCCACAUAAAACUCACCGACAAAUCUUCGAAGGGUCCUUCAUUUACCAACGAACGAUCGCCUACGCAUACAUCACACAAACACAAGUCAUAUGCAUCUAUGCAACCUCGAGACGCGCGAGUGGAUGACGGUUUUGAUGAAGACCUCAAACGAGCUUUGGCAAUGAGUCUGGAGGAGGUUAAUGGUCACUCAGGAGCUGGCUAUGUUCCACAGUCGAAACUUCAACCUGUGCCAGAAUUCCAGGAACCCCCAAAUAAAGGACUUGUUACAAAGGAUGCAGGCAAACCCGGAGAAGAAGACGAUGACGAUCUGAAAGCGGCGAUUGCGGCAUCACUUGCCGAUAUGGAAGAACAGAAAAAAAAGCAUACAGCUACCAUCAAAGAGCAGGCCUCCACCGUUGACUCGAGCAGCUCUUUCGCAGGUGCUUUUGUUCUGCCGAGGAACCAUUACGAACUCACCCCUGUCGAGGCGGAAAAUAUAAAUCUUUUCUCCACCCUGGUAGAUAGACUACAGACUCAGCCACCAGGGACAAUCCUACGAGAGCCUCAGAUACAAGAGCUUAAUGAUAGUAUCAAGACCCUUCGUCCAAAACUCGCACACACCUACGGAGAAACAAUGAGCAAGCAUGAUGCUUUACUAGAUUUACACGCCAAGCUUUCCACUGUUGUACGGUAUUACGAUCGUAUGCUUGAGGAACGUUUGUCGAAUACCUAUAAACAGCACAGUAUCGGAGGGUAUACUCUUCCUCAGCAAGGCGCUACACCUAGCAUGUAUCCUUCUAUCCCUUCCAACGCACUCAAUGGGGGUGGAGGGGCAGAAAGUUUCUACACUGGUAGUACUCAACGGGAACCUUAUGCUCCUCCCCAGUCGACAUAUUCUUACCAUUCAGGUCAACAGCAGCACCCCAUAUACAACAAAAGGGCUUCUGUUUCUGAUAUUAGUUAUCCUUCGCCAGACCAGCGAAACGAAACUUUCGCCCAGCAACAAGGUCACCAAGUUCAACGCCAACAUACUGGCAAUUGGCAAACGAGUGAUCUUGCCCCUCAAUAUUCAGCCCAAUCGACCCCUUAUUCGCCACAGCAGCAACAUCAGCCACCCGUCCAAGCUCAAGCAUCGCCAGGUGUUCCAUCUCAACCUCCUGUCAACUUUGUUCCAUUGGAGCCGAUUAAUAAGGCAUCCGCUGAUACUAAUACAGCGGCUUAUUACAGUACUGCUAUUCCUCACCAAUCUCAAACAGCACUAGAUCAGGUAAAGCCUCAGUAUUCGGUUCAGUCACCUCCUCAGUAUCCACAUGCACCUUCGCCUCAACAAUUUACCCAUCAGCCAUCGAACCCACAAGAGCCAUCGUAUUCUACCCCUCAACAACAACCUCCAUAUUGGCAAUCGCAACAACAAGCUCCAAUACCUCAACAAUCAUGGCCUACGCCUGUGUCAAACUAUAAUGGAUACUCUCAAGAAUCAUUUCCGUCUGCUCCACAACAUGCUCCGCAAGCCAAGGUCAUGGAAGAGAGUCUCAUAGAUCUUUGA